GUAAGGUGUGCGGCGCCACGGGGAGGAGGGUUGGGCGUGAGACUGCGGCCCCGCGGGCACCCAGCAGUGCCUGGGCCCGGAAGGAGCUAGAAGUUAGCUUGGAGAGGCGCCGGACCGUGGAUGGCCUUGACUGACGGCGGCUGGUGCCUGCCGAAGCGCUUCGGGGCCGCGGCUGCGGACGCCAGCGACUCCGGAACCUUUCCAGUGCGGGAGCCUUCCACGCCACCUUCCCCCAUCUCCUCCUCUUCCUCCUGCUGCUCCCGGGGUGGGGAGCGUGGCCCCGGCGGCGCCAGCAACUGCAGGACGCCGCAGCUCGACACGGAGGCGGCGGCGGGACCCCCGGCCCGCUCGCUUCUGCUCAGCCCGUACGCCUCUCAUCCCUUCGGGGCUCCCCACGGACCUUCGGCGCCCGGGGUCGCUGGCCCCGGGAGCGCCCUGUCGAGCUGGGAGGACCUUCUGCUCUUCACUGACCUCGAUCAGGCCGCGACCGCCAGCAAGCUGCUGUGGUCCAGCCGCGGCGCCAAGCUGAGUCCCUUCGCACCCGAGCAGCCCGAAGAGAUGUACCAGACCCUCGCCGCCCUCUCCAGCCAGGGGCCGGGCGCUUACGACGGCGCGCCCGGCGGCUUCGUACACUCAGCAGCCGCCGCCGCCGCAGCCGCCGCCGCGGCCAGCUCCCCGGUCUACGUGCCCACCACCCGUGUGGGCUCAAUGCUGCCCGGCCUGCCGUACCUGCAGGGGGCGGGCAGCGGGCCCGCCAACCACGCGGGCGGCGCAGGGGCGCACCCCGGCUGGCCUCAAGCUUCGGCCGACAGCCCUCCGUACGGCAGUGGGGGCGGCCCGGCGGGCGGCGGGGCGGCGGGGCCCGGGAGCGCCGGCUCCGCCGCGGCGCACGUCUCUGCGCGCUUCCCGUACUCGCCCAGCCCGCCUAUGGCCAACGGCGCGGCUAGGGACCCCGGGGGCUACGCUGCAGCUGGUGGCGGGGGAGCCGGCGGCGUGAGCGGCGGCGGCGGCGGCAGCUUGGCGGCCAUGGGCGCCCGCGAGCACCAGUACAGCUCGCUGUCGGCCGCGCGGCCGCUGAACGGGACGUACCACCAUCACCACCACCACCACCCGAACCCCUACUCGCCUUACGUGGGUGCACCGCUGACCCCCGCAUGGCCCGCAGGACCCUUCGAGACCCCAGUGCUGCACAGCCUGCAGAGCCGCGCGGGAGCCCCGCUCCCGGUGCCGCGGGGCCCCAGCGCAGACCUGCUGGAGGACCUGCCCGAGAGCCGUGAAUGCGUGAACUGCGGUUCCAUCCAGACGCCGCUAUGGCGGCGGGACGGCACCGGCCACUAUUUGUGCAACGCCUGCGGUCUCUACAGCAAGAUGAACGGCCUCAGCCGGCCCCUCAUCAAGCCGCAGAAGCGCGUGCCUUCUUCCCGGCGGCUUGGACUGUCCUGUGCCAACUGUCACACCACAACCACCACUUUGUGGCGCAGAAAUGCCGAGGGCGAACCUGUGUGCAAUGCUUGUGGACUCUACAUGAAACUCCAUGGGGUGCCUCGACCGCUUGCUAUGAAAAAAGAGGGAAUUCAAACCAGGAAAAGAAAACCUAAGAACAUAAAUAAGUCAAAGGCUUGCUCUGGUAGUAGCAAUAAUUCUGUUCCUAUGACUCCAACUUCCACCUCUUCAAACUCAGAUGACUGCAGCAAAAAUACUUCCCCUACAACACAACCGACAGCCUCAGGGGCGGGCGCCUCGGUGAUGUCUGGCACAGGAGAGAGCACUAAUCCCGAGAACAGCGAGCUCAAGUACUCAGGUCAAGAUGGGUUGUACAUAGGCGUCAGCCUGGCCUCUCCGGCCGAAGUCACAUCUUCGGUGAGACAGGAUUCCUGGUGCGCCCUCGCCCUGGCCUGAGCCCACUGCCCAGGAGCAGAAGGCCGCAUGGCCUGUGGGCAUUGGGUCAAGCCAGCCAUACCAGGGGGAGCAUGCUGAUGGAACAUUCCUCUGAUGCGUGAUUUCCGUGCCUUUACUUUGAAAGAGAUGUAUUUUCCUUUCCCUCGAGGCCUGCUCUGCCUUACCACCCUACCCCCGUCUCUGAAGAGCCGGAGAAAAGACGGAGAGCUUCCAGGGAAGGGCUGGUGCAGCCCACAGCCUGUUGCCUCCUCCCUGUCCACGGCCCCUUCAGCCAGCCUGCCUCUGGGCCUGCCAGGGGCACCUCAUGUCUGCCGCGCCACUUCCUGAAACUGGGACUAGGACUGGGGCCUUGCCUGCGAAGGAAUAUUGAAAGAAAUUUUUUUUUUUUUUAAAGGUUUUAUGUGUAUUGCCCCAAAUCAUGUGCUUCUUCUGAUUGGUUUUGGUUGUUCCAGAAUUUCUUCGUACCUUUUCCACACCUGAAUUUCACCUGCUUUCAUGGAGAAGACCAUUUGAGGCCAUUUGGUACAUACACCUCUGGAGGCUGAGUCAGAACUGUGACUCAGUUCGCAAGACUGCGUUAAUGACUAACGUACACUGUGACUGACGUUCUCUCAAAGUGCAUAUUGUGUGACUGAUCUGCAGUCAGUCGGGAUUUGUAAACAGGGUAGCAAACAAGAUAUUUUUCUUCCAUGUAAACAAUAAUUUUUUUAAAAAGUGCAAUUUGCGUUGCAGCAAUCAGUGUUAAAUCAUUUGCAUAAGAUUUAACAGCAUUUUUUAUAAUGAAUGUAAACAUUUUAACUUAAUGGUACUUAAAUAAUUUAAAAGAAAAAAAUGUUAACGUAGACAUUCUUAGCCGCCUUCUACAACUGCAUCCCAUUUCUAUAUUUCCAAUUGCGAAAGAAAAAAUAUUUCAAGAACAAAUCUUCUCUCAGGAAAAUUGCCUUUAACCAUCUGUUAAGAAUUUUUAUACAAGAAUACCAGGAUCCCCUCUUCAUUCUUACUGUGGAAUACGUGCUGGAAAAAUUGCAACAAAACUUGACUACCUAACAGAUAACAUUUGUAAAUACUCUAGGCAUCUGUACACACUACGAUGAAGUCUAUAGCAUGACUGACCCACAGGCAGGUUGGUUUACAUUAAUUUUUUUUUUUUAAAAAUGGGAUGGCGUAUGGAAACAUUGCUCCAAAGUUUCAAAAAUAAAAAGGGUAUUGUUUUGUCUUCUGUACAGUGAGUUCCUUCCCUUUUAGUUUCAUUUGGAUAUUGUAUGUGGCUAGAGAUACUCACAUAAAACAAGUGCACGUGGUGUUUGCAAACUGCCUUUCGACUUUCAAUGAAUUGUCCUUUUGGAGCUGCUUUCUUCCUUCGUUUAUUUGAAGUUGGCACACGGAGUUAGCGCCUUCAGUUAUCAUUGGGGAAAUGACUUUUAUAAGUGAAAAGGACCCAUGUCUAUGACAGUAUCUGAGAUGAUAAGCAUUGUAUGUAGGGACUCAUCCUUGAAAACAUUUAGAGAGUCCAGAGUCUUUAAAGACACUCUUACAACCCAGAAACAGAAUUGUUUGCCCUUCUAGUUCUCCUCUUGCCACUGAAGUCUCCCAGCUCAUCUGAGGUCGAAGUCCUUAACACUCUUCCAGAAGGUAGGAGGUGAUCUGGACAGUCUCUGGAUUUCAGAAAACCAGAAGACUGUUUCACAACAGAAAACCAGGAUUCUGACAUUUCAUUUUGGCUCCUGAAAUGUGGGACAUGUUUUACUUCUUUCUUGUGCGCUGAUAGUCACUCUACAUUGAGUCUUCCAAGGGGGCGGAAUUUUGCUUUGUGGUGGGCAGUAAUGCAAGUGAGACUCUGAACGGAGGGGUAUGUGUGUCUGCGGAAGCCACAGAGUCCCACAUGCACCCUGCUACCUCUACAGUGGGCUGGAAGAAUGAUCUGGUAGAGUCAGACUGCCAGGCUUCAGGUAGGUCCCUCCUUUAACUGCACCAGUGGCUCUCUGACCUUGGGUGAGGUUACCCUCUUCUCAUUUUCCUCCUUGUUAAAACCAGUCCAGUUAGCAUAUGACUCCCAGGAUUAAAUGAGAGAACCCGUAUGAAUUGCCCAGAGCAGUGUGGGCACAGAGUAAGCAUUAAGUGCUGACUUGGAGGGAGGGUGGCAAGUGCUUUAACCACAUGAGGGUUUGGAAUGCCUUACUCUCUGUGGGGUAUUCAGAAGUUCAUGGUCUGUGAGGGUAUGGUGUCCCUUGACUCAGCUUGUACUUUCUGAACAAGUGUGGGGUGAGUGAAAUGGGGGAUUUCCUCAGCCCAGGGGGGUGGCAGAGUUGGAGGGAUGGACGGAGGAGGCGAGGCACAAGAGAGACCGUGCCGAGUUUGGCUGACUAUUUAAAAGAACAGGGUUAGUCUGAGAGCAGAAGAAAAUCGUAACCUGACUACUUCUUUCCUAUUCUUUCUCUUCUGAUUCCCAUUACUUUCAGUGCUUUCUGGUGGGUUGGGAGUUCAUUAAAGAGGGAAUAAGUUCAGAGUAAGAAUUGAGUUAAAUAAAAUAAAAUGAGUUGUUAAGA